AUGUCCGCCGACGUCGCAGCAGCUGGACCAUCGGUUCCUGUCGGAGCAGGCGCGCUCCCGCCCCUCGCCGAGCUCGUGGAGCGCAGCACAAAGCGCACGCGUGCAGUGUACGGCCGCGAGAUUGGUGGUGUCGACGAUGGGCUGGAACGGGCGAGCAAGAUCAAGCUCACAACAAAGCUCGCGAUCGAGUACAAGGAUGUCCAAGUGCUUCCUCCCGUCCUGCAAGCGCAGGCUGGCCCAGCUGGACCCAAGCGGCCAGCAGCUGUUGCUGGUCCCAGUGCACCUGCUGGUGUUGGUGCUGGUCCCAAGCUCAUCACUGGUGGCGAGGCUCCCGCCUCGUCUUCGUCGUCUGCCUCUUCCUUUGCCACACCGGCACCGCGCGCGCUUGUCAAGUUCCGUCACCAGGAGGGUUUCGCCGCCGAGGGAGGCCACGCGUCGAGCCGGUUGUCACAGGCGCUCAUGCGCAAAAAGGAGGCGCGCGAAGUCAAGCCCGUGUACCACCCGCAGUGGAAGCUGUCGCGCGUCAUCUCGGGCCACAUGGGCUGGGUGCGCGCGCUCGCUGUCGACCCUGGAAACCAGUGGUUUGCAACGGGUGCGGGCGACCGUGUGAUCAAGAUCUGGGACUUGGCUUCGGGCGAGCUCAAGCUGUCGCUCACCGGACACAUUUCGACAAUCCGCUCAUUGGCAGUGUCGGACAGGCAUCCGUACCUGUUCUCUGCGGGCGAGGACAAGAUGGUCAAGUGCUGGGACCUCGAGACCAACAAGGUCAUUCGUCAUUACCACGGCCACUUUUCCGGUGUCUACAGUCUCGAUCUCCACCCUACCCUCGAUGUUCUCGUCACCGGCGGUCGUGACUCGGCUGUCCGCGUGUGGGACAUGCGCUCGCGAGCCAACAUCUUCACCCUCACGGGUCACCAGAGCACGGUCGCCGACGUCAAGUGCCAGGCGUCCGACCCGCAGAUCAUCUCGUCCAGCAUGGACAGCACAGUCAAGCUGUGGGACCUUGCUGCGGGCAAGUGCAUGACGACUCUGACGCACCACAAAAAGGCCGUCCGUGCCCUCGCCAUUCACCCGACCGAGUUUAGCUUUGCCUCUGGAAGCUCAGGAACCAACAACAUUAAGAAGUGGAAGUGCCCCGAGGGUAUCUUUGUCAACAACUUUACCGGCCACGAGGCCAUUAUCAACACGCUCUCUGUCAACGAGGAGGGCGUCAUGUUCUCCGGUGCUGAUAACGGCACACUGACCAUGUGGGAUUACGCGACGGGCCUGCCGUUCCAGCACAUGAAGGACAUUCCUCAGCCCGGAUCGCUCGAUGCCGAAGCAGGCGUGUUCUGUUCCGCAUUUGACCGCACGGGCACCAGGCUUAUUACUGGCGGUGCCGACAAGACGAUUAAAGUGUACUCUGAGAUGGCAUAG